CAGCAUUCUUUCAUCAAAGUUAUUGUUCGAGCUUGUCCGUCGGGAAAAUGGGGACCACCGACUUGUUUAGGAGUAUGCGACAACUGCUACCACGGAGGUGUUUGCGAAGUGGAAACAGGAAUUUGCAUCUGCCCUCCUGGUUUUAUGGGCAGUAAUUGCCUUACAGCGUGUGGUGGCAACAGAUUCGGAUGGAGUUGUGAAAAAAGAUGCACAUGGAUUGAAGAUCUCAAAGACCAGUGUAGAUUUCAGAUUUGCCUCCCCGAUCCGUUUGGAUGUCAGUGUGCUGCUGGCUUUACAGGCAUAAGCUGCAAUUCCGAAUGUCCAGCUGGAACUUAUGGGGCUGGUUGCAAACAAGUUUGCCACUGUAAAUCAGCAUCAUGUAAUCGGUACACCGGCGCAUGCUCAGAGUGCAUGAACUCAUGGAAUGGGGAAUCAUGUCAGAUUCCUGAUGUUUGUCCUGAUGGUUACUAUGGAGAUCAAUGUAUUAAAAAAUGUCACUGUAAGGAUGACAAAAGUUGUGACAAAGAUACUGGACACUGCAUAAAUGGCCAGUGCGCAGUUGGAUAUGCCCUUUCAGAUGCAAGCAUUUGUGAACCAUGCGUGGGGGAUUCAUACGGUGAUGGUUGCAAUGAGACCUGUAAUUGCCCUUUGGAUUAUUGCCACAACGAGAAAGGUUGCUUGAGUGAUUGUUUCGAUUACUGGUUAGCGCCUUCGUGUACUAUAGGGAUUGUGGCCGUAGGAUAUGACAAAUGUAAUUCCGGCGAACCUACAAACUUUACUUGUUCAGUAACCGGUAACAUAACUGGAGUCGACGUCCGUUUACAAUACCAAAACAGUCUCUCAUCUUCACUGUCACCAGUUACACUAUUACCAGUUACAGUGGAGACAACUGACGGUAUUUUAUUGGCCAGAUUCAUUGCCGAUGCAGAUAUUACACAGAAUUACAUGUGUCGGAUUCAAGAUGGCGAGUACUGGACGACUCGUGCUUUACAUUUUGACGUUUAUGAUCUGCCUGGCUAUAAUGGCAAACCGUCUGUCUUGAAUUCAACUAACUCAUCGGUGACGUUGAAAUGGCGACCGUGGAGCAUUGAUAAAGGAGACACGGGUGAUGGUCCAGUUAUUGAUUACGUCGUCUUCUAUAAACGAUCACGGGAUCAAGAAUGGAACUCUGUCCCCAGUACAUCCGGAAUGACGUCAGUAAAAGUGACGGGAUUAUUGGCAAAUACUGAAUACGAGUUUUCUGUGGCAGCCGUUAGACCAUGCACCGGAGGUCGUGGAGAAAUGGGCUUGGUCUUAAAUUCUACCACUCUUUGUUCACCUCCUGGAACACCAUUCACUACACUCACAAGUGGUGACAUGCUGAGGCAACUUAAUGUCAAUUGGUCGGUUCCUCAUGUUGAUACCGAUUGUCCGAUCACUUCCUUCACAAUUUAUUAUUCUGAGCUUGGUUUCGAAAAUGAUGAAACCCACAUUGUUGUCAACGACACUGUCAGAGAGUACACUAUCUUAUGCCUGAAUGCUUUCACGGCUUACAACGUGGAACUAACGUCAAGAAACAAAGAUUUCGAAAGCCUCCGAUCUUCAAAUAUGGCGUAUACAACUGAAGAAAAAGCGGUGCCACCAAUAGUUUCCGUGUGCAGUGACUCUCCGAUAACACUUCAAAUUGGAACAAACAGUAUGGGAAUCUUUGGUAAUGUCACGCACUUCAACAUCAGAUAUAGAGAGGAAAAUGUCAAAGACGAAACAUGGCAACUGGUGAAGCUAGCUUCAAAAAAUGGUUCUGCUACUUGGACUGGGAACGACCUCACAGCGGGAAAAGUGUAUGUGUUCGAGGUCAGGGCCGUAAACCGCCUUGGUGAAGGCCGGUGGAGUAAUACCUUUUCUGCCAUCUCACGCAGAGGUACAAUUCCGAACCUCAUUGUCAUCAUAUGUAUCUCUCUUGCUCUUCUAAUUUUAUUGAUUUGCAACGCUUUCUUCUUGAUUUGUUGCUGGAUAAUGCGACCUGUUUCUAGUAAGGAAUUGGAACAGAGCCGAGAUCAUUUUUCAAUAAAAAAAAAGUUUACACUGGAACAGAAAAAAGUAGAAAAAGAAGCGGUAAAGAAUGAUGACACAGAGAGCUACUAUAAAGAAAUAGACACUGAUGAUUUUCAGUACGAGACCACCAACGAGGCCGUUAACACCACAAGGAUACUGAAAUCUGCUACUGAUGACCGUCACUAUUCUGAACCGAUUUCAAAUAAUUAUUCAGAGACAACGUUUUCUGCAUAUGAAGAGGAAAUCGUAGAAAACGAAGUGUUCAAGGAUGAUGACACAGAAAGUAUAUAUGAAGAGAUGGAUACUAAGGACUACGAGACUUCGAUAAAUACUUAA